GCGAGGGGCUUGCUGGGAGAGUUUUAGCAGAACGCCAUUUUGCUCCUGGAAACGGAGGGAGAACAGCAGAGGCAGCAGCGAUUAAAAAGCCGCACACAAGUCCAGACACGAUGGCGAGUCCAGGGAAAGACAGCUACAGGAUGAAGAGCUACAAGAACAAAGCGCUGAAUCCUCAGGAGAUGCGUCGAAGAAGAGAGGAGGAAGGAAUCCAGCUACGCAAACAGAAAAGAGAGGAGCAGUUGUUCAAGAGGAGAAAUGUGUGUGUACCGUCUAAUGAUGAAUCCAUGCUGGAGUGUCCGAUCCAGGAUCCAGACAUCAGCUCCACAGUACCUGUCACAGGUGACGGAGUGAUAACUCCAGAUAUGAUUCAGAUGAUCUUCUCUGAAGACCCAGACCAGCAACUCAUUGCUACACAGAAAUUCAGGAAAUUACUCUCCAAAGAGCCCAACCCGCCCAUAGACGAGGUCAUCUCUACUCCUGGUGUUGUGACUCGUUUUGUGGAGUUUCUGAAGAGAAGUGAAAACUGCACACUGCAGUUCGAGGCGGCCUGGGCGCUCACCAACAUUGCCUCCGGUACCUUCCUGCACACCAAGGUGGUGAUCGAAACAGGAGCUGUUCCAAUUUUCAUUGAGCUGCUGAACUCUGAGUACGAGGACGUCCAGGAGCAGGCUGUGUGGGCGCUGGGGAACAUAGCAGGAGAUAAUGCUGAGUGCAGGGACUAUGUGCUGAACUGUGGCAUCCUGCCGUCUCUGCAGCAGCUCCUCGCUAAAUCCAACCGUCUCACAACAACCCGCAAUGCAGUGUGGGCGCUGUCCAACCUGUGCCGAGGGAAGAACCCGCCUCCGGAUUUUGCCAAGGUGUCUCCUUGUCUCAGUGUGCUGUCCAGGCUUCUGUUCAGUAGUGAUCCUGAUGUGCUGGCUGACGCCUGCUGGGCCCUGUCCUACCUAUCUGACGGCCCCAAUGAGAAGAUCCAGACGGUCAUUGACUCCGGGGUCUGUCGCAGACUGGUGGAGCUGCUCAUGCACAGUGACUAUAAGGUGGUCUCUCCUGCUUUACGUGCGGUGGGCAACAUAGUGACAGGAGAUGACAUCCAGACUCAGGUAAUCUUGAACUGCUCGGCUCUGCCAUGUUUACUCCACCUCCUCAGCAGCCCCAAGGAGUCCAUCAAGAAGGAGGCGUGCUGGACUGUGUCCAACAUCACAGCAGGAAACAGAGCUCAGAUCCAGAACGUAAUUGAUGCCAACAUCUUCCCGGUCCUGAUCGAGAUCCUCCAGAAGGCCGAGUUCCGCACAAGGAAGGAGGCGGCGUGGGCCAUUACUAACGCCACCUCAGGAGGCACACCUGCACAGAUCAGGUAUCUGGUGUCUCUGAACGCCAUCAAACCCAUGUGUGACCUGCUGACAGUGAUGGACUCGAAGAUCGUGCAGGUGUCUCUGAACGGUCUGGAGAACAUCCUCAGACUGGGAGAACAGGAGGCCAAACAGAACGGCACCGGCAUAAACCCGUACUGUGCUCUGAUCGAGGAGGCCUAUGGCCUGGACAAGAUUGAGUUCCUGCAGAGCCACGAGAACCAGGAGAUCUACCAGAAGGCCUUCGACCUGAUCGAACACUACUUCGGCGUAGAGGAGGAGGACGCCAGUCUGGCUCCACAGGUGGACCAGAGCCAGGGCCAGUUUGUCUUCCAGCAGCAGGAGGGACCCAUGGAGGGUUUCCAGCUUUAACCCCGCCUCAUCUCCACAGCCCCUUCUUCUUGGUCUCUGAGCCUGGGCCUGCUGGCCUGCGAACUCUCCUGGGACCUCACCUCGUCUCUGCUGGACCAGCUCCACCAGCUCGUCCCCACACCUCCACCUCUAAUAUGCCUUCACAACAACACACAUGCUGGAUAGACAGAGGUCUGUGAAUACGGAGACGGACAGUGAGAGCUGAUUGGACUGCGGGAGCCUGAGUCCUGAACGGAGGCUCAGCUGACUGGUUUCCCUCUGAUGAGACGUCUACGCCAUGAAAAGCCAACUCAUGUUAAAGAGAGUUCUCUUUUUCUUCAGUGCUCAGUAUGAUGUUCCUUUGACUUCCUGUGAUAAUGAAGUUCAGAAUAUUUAUGUUACAAUUAGAAACAAAUCAAAAUCCACAUCCCUUUCUGAAUGUGAAUCUACCUCUUCAGUCUAAAGAGAGAGAGAGAGGGAGAGUGAGGACGGAGGGAAGGAAAAGCCCUAAAUGAACAGAUAAAGCAUCAGGCUGAUUGUUUUUCUUUUAUUAUUAUGGCUAAAAUCCAAUCUUGAAUAAAUCUUGGGUGUUGAGAUUGGGGCUGUAGAGGCUGAUCUGUUGGCAGUGGAUGUAAAUACAGUGUUACUGUACAUGGUGGUGUUGCCACGCUGUUCUGCUCUCUGGGUUCUCUCUGCUCCCAUUUGUCUUCUCAGAGCUGGAGGAGCUGCUCCUCUCUCCUCCACCCUCAGCUGCUUCCUGGAUCUGGCCUGCAGGUCUGAGUUGGUUUGAAAUCUGUGACGUUGUUUGUUACGAGCAGUGUGAGAGCCGGCGCAGCGCUGUCUGUGUCACAUGAUGCAGUGGUUUUUUCUGUUUUCCAGCCUCAUGAUUAAUCUUAAAUUAUUUUCUCUGCCUGCAUCACUUCUUCAUGUGAUGGAUCAGUGGACUCGGAGGGUUUUGUAUAUUAUAUAUACAUGCGAGAGAGUGUAACCAGAGUAUUUAAGUGGCUGCAGGAGGGUGUGAUAUGCAAUUAUAUUUCCUGGUUGAUGCAGUUGUCGUGUUUCCAUCACGAUGAGGACGUUCCUCUCUUUACUCUCUGAUUUAUUUUUUUUUUUCCCCAUGUUCUCGUGUUGUGGUUGACGUCUUAAGAUGGAAACACACCGUGUUUUGGUUUUCUUCCUACUUUUGACUCCACCCCUGAACCAUGAUUGGACAGUUUUUCGACGCGUGCACGUUUGAGUACAGCGACAUCAGCUGGUGGAGAAGCGAACAUAAAAUGAAUCUAAUAUUUAUGUGAAAUGGAAAAUAUUUGUAAUGCAGAAAUGACAUCAAGCACAUUGAAUUGUGUAUAGUUUUCUAAUAUUUCUGGUUUGUAUGAUUGUAUAUCAUUUUUUAGGUUUUGGUAGUGUUUUUGUUUUCUCCUGUUUGGGAGUUGAUUUGCUGUGUUGUUGUGGCUCUCAGUAGAAGUGUGUGUGUUGUGGCUGCUGACCCGGACUGGAUCAGGUCUGACAGCGACCUGGAUCACAGAGGUCUGACAGUGACCUGGCUCAGACUGGCUCCUCAGUGUGGGGACGCACACUUCCAUUGUGUAACAAGAAUUAAUAAACUGAUCUGUUGGCUACAAACCGAA